UAAAUAGCAUUGUAUCACAAUAGAAAAUAUCUUAAUAGACAUUUCAUACGCUUUGUAAAAGUAAAUAUACAAUGAACAUGUGGAAACAUAUGUUAGUAGUAUAUUUCGGGAAAUGGUUGAUUUUAGUAAAUGAGUAGUUGGGGCUGAGAUAACCGGAGUUGCAAAGCAAUGAUGUCAUAGUUUCGGCGUGCGCCGUGGGAGAGCAUAUGGGCCCGUGCGCGCCGCCGAGAGGAAGCGCCGCUUUGUGCGAGCAGGAGGCGCUGCAGCUGGCGGAAGAGGAGGUCGCCCAGUCCAGUGUCUCCCGCGGAUGCACAGGAGCUGACAGGGAAGAGAGGACGAGCGAGAAGGGGGGGAGGAAGACGGUCUCGGUGUAACAGAGGGUUCUUGCAAUGGCUGCGAAGUCGGACGGGGUGUUGAAAAUGAAAAAGAGCGACGUGGCGUUUACUCCUCUGCAAAACUCGGAUCACUCGGGCUCCGUGCAGGGACUGGCUCCCGGAUCGCAGCCGGACUCCGGCACGGGAGAGGGGGACUUUAUGAACGGGGAGUCGCGCUGCUGCGGCUCCUCCUCGACGUGUCUCCGUCUCAAUAGAGAGCAGAAGAAGUACACGGUGUGGGACUGCCUCUGGAUCAUCGCAGCCGUGGCCGUAUAUUUCGCGGAUGUGGGAACGGACGUUUGGCUUUCAGUCGACUAUUAUCUCCGCGGAGAUUACUGGUGGUUCGGGCUCACGUUGUUUUUCGUCGUGCUCGGCUCCUUUUCAGUUCAGGUCUUCAGUUUCCGAUGGUUCGUCCACGAUUUCAGCACCGAGGACAGCGCCGGCGCUGGCGCGCCUGCCGGAUGCUCGCAGAUGGACGGCAAGCUGAUCAGCGGAUCUGCGUCGCACGGAGAUAUGGGCGGCCAGCCGUGCACCCCUCAGAGGCAGGCGUCCUCUGCGAGCAAGAGCAACACCACGACCAACAGCUGCAACAGCAGCACCGCAACCCGGACUAACAAGGGAAGGUCAACGUCCUGCUCUUUCUGCAUUUGGCUUGUGCAGUCAGUCAUUCACAUCCUGCAGCUCGGCCAGAUCUGGAGGUACCUCCACACCAUCUACCUGGGCGUGCAGAGCCGCCGCGGGCCCGAGCACGAGCGCUGGCUCUUCCACUGGAGGAUGGUGUACGAGUACGCCGAUGUCAGCAUGCUCCAUCUGCUGGCCACCUUCCUGGAGAGCGCCCCCCAGCUGGUCCUCCAGCUCUGCAUCAUCAUCCAGACCCACAAGCUGCAGGCCAUUCAAGGCAUGACAGCGGCUGCCUCCCUGGUGUCCCUGGCCUGGGCCCUGGCCUCCUACCAGAAGGCCCUGAGGGACUCCCGGGAAGACAAGCGGCCCAUGAGCUACCUGGCUGUGGUCAUCCAGUUCUGCUGGCACUUCUUCACCAUCGCGGCGCGCGUCAUCACCUUCGCCCUCUUCGCCUCCGUAUUCCAGCUCUACUUUGGCGUCUUCAUCGUGCUGCACUGGUGCAUCAUGACCUUCUGGAUUGUCCACUGCGAGACCGAGUUCUGCGUCACCAAGUGGGAGGAGAUCGUCUUCGACAUGGUUGUGGGCAUUGUCUACAUCUUCAGCUGGUUCAACGUCAAGGAGGGCCGCACGCGCUACCGGCUCUUCGUCUACUACCUGGUGGUGCUGCUGGAGAACGCCGCGCUGAGCACUCUCUGGUACCUCUACCGACUGCCCUCCACCACUGACGCCUUUGCCAUUCCUGCCCUUUGUGUCAUCUUCAGCAGCUUCCUCACCGGCGUGCUCUUCAUGCUCAUGUACUACACCUUCUUCCACCCCAACGGGCCGCGAUUUGGCCGCUCGGUCAGCUGCACGCUGGACGACCCCAGCACUCCUUUCGUUUUGCCACAAGAGGGCGCCACCAACUCGCUGCGGUCCAACCGCGGGGGAGGUGCCAGCAGCGGCGGCACGAUUGAGAGGGACCCCAGGCACUCGGAGAGGGACGGCGGCAUUGUCCCCGUGUUCCAGGUGAGACCCGUAGUGCCGUCCACACCCUCGUCCCGUGCCCCGCGGGUCGAUGAGCCGGUCAUCCGCAUCGACCUGUGCCGGAACCGGUACCCGGCCUGGGAGCAGCACGUUCUGGACCGCAGCAUCCGGCGCGCCGUGUUGUCUCUGGAGGGCUCGCCUGUGCCGCCGCGGCUGCAGUACAAGGACGACGCGCUGGUGCACGAGCGGCUGGAGUACGAGACCACGCUGUAGCUGGUGGCACCGCGUUGUCCCUCCACCGCGUUGUCCCUCCGCCGGAGCACGUCACAGGGCUCUGUCACCCGGCCCCAACAGCGGGACUGUGGCAAUAACGUACCAGCUCCCUGUCUCCACGGCAGCAAACCGUCAUGUCGUCAGGGACAGAAAACGCGCCACAUCACUAACUAGUCAGUUUAAGGACCUAUCCGGCGUAUUUUUUUAAACAGCAAUUUCUUUCUAUCUUCUAAUUUUCGUUUGGUACUUUUUUUAUGUCUGUCAGGGAAUCCCCCCCCCCCUUUUUUUAGCCAAGAUGCUCACCUCUCGCCCACCCCCACCCAUAUGCACCCCCCAUCUCUCUGCCUCUAGCUGACUUACCUGAUCACCAGCCCCUUACUGACUGACCAAGCCCUGCAGAAGCCCCUUAGUGGGGCCUGACUAAUGGCCAUGCGUUUUCUGGUAGGAUCCGCGGGGUGAGCUCUCACACACCCCACGUCCAUCAUCUCCGUCCAUCAAACUGUCCAUGUGCAACGCAUCUAAAAAUAGUUUAAAAAAAAAAAAAGUUGGAUAAUUCUAUGCGGCCAAAAUUAAGCUUCAAUAUACUAUUUGGUGAAAAACGUAGCCAGGAAAUAUAUAUUGUUCACCCAUGUGAUGUCAUCAAAAUCGACACACUGCUGUUCACGUCACUCACUGAUUUUCAGGUCGGGGACCUUAAUUUGUUUUUUCUCACUGACUCGUUGUAGUGCCAAAAGGUCUGAUGCUGGCAGGUUCUAUAGAACCUGAACUUGAACACUAAGGCAAGACCAGAUCUUUGUUUACUUGAAUUAAAAGAAGAGAAGAAAUCGUGAAAAAACAUAAAAAAUUGGAGGUUGGGGUGGUGGGGCAGGACUCUGGUGUUGAUUGACGCAGGCCAGGAGCCAAUCUCUUGGCAGGGUUCAUCGUACAGUGCACCCUCAUUGGUGGAAUGUUUGUGUGCUGGGAAUGACGAAGGAGAGAGGGAGUAGAAAAUAACUGGAAGUUACAAGAAGACCCAGCGACCACAAUCCAGCAGCCACAGUGGUGAAGCCACGUGUUAAUCCAGUGAAUGUUACACUUGUGUUCUCGGGUUUGAACUGGCCCUCUCUGCUCCUACUCCACGGACUGAGGUUGCUGUCCCACCAUUAGGGACGGUGUCCUGAAGGUCACUUCCAGUCAACAGGUGACAUCAUUCUCUUUUUCGGACAGCGAGAUGAUAAAGGAGCUCCGUCCGUGACCUUGGGGAGGGACAGUCCCUAAGAGUAGCUUAGGGUGCUUCAAGUUUGCGUCAAACCAACCCACCGGGCUUUGACGUAGAACCACACAAUAGCGGGACACAUAACCGGCAGCAGCCUCGUCCUCCUAGUCACAGUCAACAGUGAAAAGGAAAGGCGAAAAAAGGGUAAGGUUCUGUCUGAGGAGCUGACUCCUAGGAAGGGUAUUGACAUCCAGCUGCACCACUGAUACACACCGCUCAUCCAGCUGCAACACUGAUACACACUGCUCAUCCAGCUGCAACACUGAUACACACUGCUCAUCCAGCUGCAACACUGAUACACACUGCUCAUCCAGCUGCAACACUGAUACACACUGCUCAUACAGCUGCACCACUGAUACACACCGCUCAUCCAGCUGCACCAUUGAUACACACUACUCAUACAGAAACAUGGAAACGCUUCACUUUCUGUUUAGACUAAAUUUCCUUUUUUCUCCCCUUCCAGUGCAAAUGCAAUCAGUUCUGACUAAAUCUGUGAAUCUGAAAUGGGCUGUAUGGCGUUUUGAUGUUCUAUACCACUGAGACCACACACACAUCUACUGCUCCUUUCCAUAGAGUACUCAAUAGUAAACUUGUUUAAAUUCAUAUGGAAUAAUUACUUUUUAUUUUUUGGCUUGAGAUGCUGUUUCCAGUUUUACAUUCUAUAGAUAUUAUGAACAAUGUUGGGAUCCAGUGUUUAAUUCAGAUGAAUCUGAAAUAUAAAGUUACAGAUAUGGACGGCGUUGAUUACAAUUGUUUUCAUUUUGUUUAAUUGUGUGUAAAGCACAUCGCUUUACAAUGCUGUUUUAGAAACACCAUAUGACACCACCCCCAAAGAAGUCUUUUUACCCAAAAAAAAAUAUUCAGGAUUUCCCUUCUGCGAAGAAUUGAUGUUCCGAUCACAGAGCAAGCUGGCCUGCAAAAUAGACAUUCAAGCACUUAAAUCCUCAUAAUGUUCUAAGCAAAGGCGUAGGAUUAGUUACAACAUUUGUAGGGUCCAAAACCGCUUCUAACCUCCGCCCCCCCCUAAACACACAUGGUGUUCUCACAAUAUUUAUUAGGACAUGCCCCUACCGUACAUACCCAUAUAUACGUCCUUGGGUAACGCCCAGCAGUUCAUCUUAAGUCUAAACUGGCUUUGAACCGGAGAUUUUCGAGCACAUCUGAUAAGGCGUGGCUGCUUUGCUUAUUAGGGUCUGUUCGGUGAGGCUUUCGGGCGCCGCACGCCGCACCGGAGCCUGGACUGCGCAGCACACAGCGCCCGCUGUCUGUAACCGAAACUUACGUUACUUAUUCAGUACAGAUAACAUACCUCUCUGCUCAUCGCAAAAAGAAAGCGAGCGACUGACAUGCUGGCACCAACACCCCGACUCCGCAAUGAAUCGCAGGUCUGCAAUGGGCUGUUUAUGAAAAGCACCAGCUGACCGAUAAUGCACGUGAAAUACUUCAGGGAGACGUGAAGAUGGAUCCCGUUUUCUUUUAAUCACAGUAUUGUCGCAUUUGGUGCUGGAUUAAAAUAGGAUGUAACGCGGGGAACGGGGGAUUAAUAUUAGGCACAUUUGCACGUCAGCACACACACAUACAGACGGCGGUUCAUGCUUUCUGGUGUUGCACACAGCAGGUAUCCCGCAGGCUGGUCAGAUCCAUUUUCCCCCGAAAACCGGUUUAACACGGAACAUUUGCCCAUACGAUCGCCCGAAAAUGCUGACAUUUUUGCUGGGGUGGGUUUUAAGGGGACGCGCCGGAUAAGCAGGCGAAAGGGGCGGGUCCGUGGUUUCUGUAAUUUAUCUGAACGAAUUAUCUGCGUGUGCUAUUAGUUUUAAUUUGCUCUCUUCUAAUAUUAGAUGCAAACUGUGUGAAUAUACAUAGCUGUGAUGCAAAUAUUCUUUUUCUAAGCAAAAUACGAUGUACAUCAGUUAAGCUUGGGCGUAAGCACAAACGAAUAAUAUAGUAAUUAGAACACGUUUAGCAUCAUAUGAUUAAAUGGUUCCGCUUUUACAUGACCAUCUUAUCCUAGCAAUUUGUGAAUGCGAAUGUGUGCAGCAUAAAAUAAAUGUUCCUUUUAUUUAUUUCACUCCAUCGACCAUUCACCUGAUGUUAUAGCUAACAGAGGGUCCAGUAUAAUAUCAGAUGUCUGAUUCCGUCUGGGCGUCAUUUUGCAAGAAGGGACCAAUUGCAGCGCAGCAAGUGCGGGCGUACUAACUGCGGGGGCGCGCCUCACACGACGGCGGCGCGCCCAACAGGCUAGCGUGGAGUAGAAAAGAAAAAAAAACAGAAAGUCAGCACGCGCGGUCAGUUUUGAUUGGCUGCCUGAUUUAUUCCCGGCAGGCUCGUGCGCGUCACGCGUGGGAAUGUUGGUGCAUGAUGGUGGUGCCGUGCCAGCACCCCCCCACCACUAAAUGAUAGACGAUGAUAAAGCAUGUGGCUGCUUGAUGUCUGCAAGGGGUUACCGAUGUAAUCGAUGGAUUACAUUUUAAUCAUGUUUCGUUAUUUAAUGUGCCUCUCAGCACUGCGCGUCUGCCCACGGCGCAUCUGGGGUGCACAGGCGUCUCCACGCAGCUGUAGCGUGGAAUGCUGCACUAGUAAAACUACUUAGAAACACUAUAUAUUUAUUUUUUAUUUAUUUAUUUGGGGGGGGGGUGGCUGUUUUGUGUUUUUAUCAUGUUUUGCAUUGCUUUUCCUGGAAGAGUUUAAAACAACACUACCACACAUCAAACUACCUCAGCUUGCACAAUGAACAGGAUACUUUCUUCACAAUUCCCAACCACCUAUCCAUUUUCUGUAACAGCUUAUCCUAAGCGGGGGUGGGGGGGGGCAAUAACCAAUCACAGGGCACAUUCACACCUAUAGACAAUUUGGUAACUCCAGUUAACCUCAGUAUGCUUUUGGACUGUGGGGGGGAAACCAGAAUGCAGAGGAAACCCCACAAUGACAUGGACACACAAUGAGUCAUGGCAGAGACUCAAACACUGGUCCCAGUAGUAUGAUGCACCAGUGCUAACCACUGCACCAUCCCACUGCCACAAUUCCCAUCUGCUCAGUUAAUUGCACUGAUAUACCCCAGUAACAGAGUAGCCAAGAAUUCAAAUGGCAAAGCAUCGCUAAGAUCAUGGUGCAUCAAAAAUGCAAAAUAUGGAAAUAUGUGCUUGACAACAGAACUUGGCUUGGCUAGGAUAGAUCAGUCAUGUUGUCAUAAUUAAAAAUGCUUGCAUUAGAUUAAUUUGCCUUAAAACAUUUUGUCACGUUCAGUUGUUUUCCAUUCUCAUAAUAUCUUUUGUAAAAAACGUAGCCGUGAUAUUAACUAUGAUCCAUUCCCACCCUAAAAAACAGUUACUGAGAGAUAGCGUAGCAUGCCACAAGGUUCAUUACACGAUAUUAUCCUCCAGUACAGUUUUAGUCCAGCCACAAUUUUGUGUUUCCCUAAUUCAAUUUUAGCAAAUAUGCAAACUUGUUUUUCUUGCAAACGGAUUCCUGUAACUUUAAAUCUUUUGAAAUGUACGACGACCCAGUGUUUGACUUUAGGUCAAGUGAUAAGUACAACCUCCUUUAAGUACUUAGACUGUCGGUGUUCUGUAGUACACUGGGAUGUCUCAGAUUUAACCAGGAAAUUACAAAUAUAAACUGCACCUGAGACCUCUCAACACUAUUACUGAAAUGUCUCUGGAGGGUUGCACCGUUCUUCUUGAUUUUAGCUUGUAGGAUAAUGAAAGACAUGGGAAAAUCAAACGCAAAUCAGAUUAUAUAUAUGAAUAUUACUUAUUGGUAUGCAAGUCUGACAAAAGAGCUGUGAAUGCCAUUGAUACCUUAUGCUAUGCCCCCCCCUCGAAAACAUACACAAAUAAACACACACCAUGAUCAUCAGUAGGCCUAGUUCAAGCACAGUGACUGUUGAACAGGGAGAACACAAUGUUACGAUUGUUCAAAGUGUAAACAAGAUGUACAAAUAUUCUUGCUAUUUUCUUUGCAAUAGAAAAUUGCAGUAGUGACUGACAGAAAUUUCUAACUGUACAUAAAUGUAUGCAAAUUUCCAUGUUAAGAGAACAAUAAUGGUUCUGAAAGGUGUGCAAAUAUGCUCAAGGUAAAGAUUUAACUAGUGUGAUGUAUGUGAUGUAUCAUACAAAUCUUGUCUAUUUUUUAUUUCUCUUUUUUUGAGUACUUUGCAUUGUGUGCUGGAAGUUAAAUGCAGUUAAUCGGUCAUUUAAUUUUUACUGUAAAAUCAAUCCUAAAACCACAAGGAAGUAAACUAUUACGAUUUUGUAUAGAUUGGAUUUUUUGUAAAUUUUUAUUUGAUCUUAUUGCAACACAAGGUACCAAAUUAAUUUAAUAAAGUACACUGUGGUCA